AUGGCAUUAAAUACUUUGAAUGGUGGGCUAUCAGUAGCGAAUACAAAUGUAACUCCUAUACUUAAUGAAAUAAAAAAUGAACCAUAUGAUUUUAAUUUUAUAAAUGAAAAUAACAAUAAUAAUAAUUGGAAAAAAGGAUUGCCCAAUGAUUUAAUUAACACGUUAGAAAAACUUGAUGAUAUGGAACGAGCUGUUCUUCAGGCGACAAAUGGAGACUAUAAAGUAGAAAAACAUCAUGCUUAUACAGUCGAUGGUUAUCAAUUAAAUUUAUAUCAUGUUGUAGAAUCAGGUAAAAAUGGUGUACCUUUAAAAAAGAAAAACCCCAAAAAAGAAGUAUUUUGUUUAGGCCAUGGCUUAUUCGAAUCAUCUAUAAGUACAAUAGCAAAUGGAUAUACCUCUUUACCUAUUAAAUUAUUUUUAAAAAAUUAUGAUGUUUGGCUUUGUAAUAAUAGAGGAAGUGGUUUAACCGAAUAUGUUGGAAAAAAAUAUGCCAUGAAAAAAAAUUUAGAACGAUAUACAAUUGAGGAUUUGUAUGACAUUGGGUUUGAUGAAAAUGACUUUCAAAAAAAAAAUAACCAAGAUCAACCUAACCUAACGAAAAAUAAAUCAGAUGUGAAUACAAAAGAAGUGAGUAAGACUAAUUUACGACAAAAACCAACAACAAAUUGUCAAAAUAAUGGGAAUGGCAAAGAGCCAAUGAUUGGUGAGACCUCUAAAAGUGGUACUCUAAAACAGAAAAAAUUAACUAGUAAUACAAAAGAAAAUGUGAGGAAUGAUAAUUUAUUUAAUUCAGACGAUAUAAAUAUUAAAAAAAUGUUUGAACUAGUUGGCAUAACAGAGAAAGAUUUAAAAUCUAUUGAUAAUAUGAAAAGAAAAGAUGUUAAAAAAAAUAUUAAAGAAAAAAAUAGAUGGACAUUUGAAGAUAUGGGAGCGAAAGAUAUACCUGCAAUAGUUAAAUAUAUAGCAACUGAAACACAACAAGAUAAAAUAAAAUAUGUUGGAUUAUCACAAGGGUCUAUAUCAUUUUUAAUUGGUGGUUGUGUAAGCCCUUAUGUCAAUAAUAGUAUAGAGAAAUGCUACUUAAUGUCUUUGCCUAUUAUUUUGCCGACAAGAUCGAACAUGGAACGCCCAUUAAAAAUGUUUAUAGCCAUAUCAAAGCAUUUUAAAACGAUAUUAAAAUUCAGAAGAUAUCUUAUGAAGUAUCUUCCAAAAAAAUAUCAUAAGCAUCACAUAAUUGAUUUAGCUCAUCAUUUAACUUCAGAUGUUUUAAAAUUUGUUUUAUAUAGUCCAUCUAAUAAAGAUAUAUAUUAUUUAAAUACUCCAAGUGGAUCGACUUCGGAUGCUAAUAUGAAAAGAUGGUUAUCAUCAUUUAUUGCAAACGAACCCACAACAGGCAUUUUUGAAAAAAAUAAUAAACGAUGUACAAUUCCUAUAUGUCUUAUAUAUGGUGAUAAAGAUUGUCUUGUUGAUUCAGAUUCCUCUAUCAAAUAUAUGCAAAAGAUUUUUAAACCCCCCCAAUUGGAAAUUAUUAGACAUCCCGAAUGGUCUCAUUUAGAUCCAAUGGUUUCAGAUAAUGAUGAUAUUAUUUUUUCUCAUAUUAUAAAAGAUAGUCAAAAUGACAAACCGAAAAAAAAAAAAAAUUAA